AUGGUAGCACCAAGAAGGUUCGUUAACUUGCCGGUCAUCAGGGACAUGGAGCGGAUCUACUCCUACUUGCAGCAUGUUAGUGGUGGCUAUGCCUACCAGGACGUCAAGACCUUCCUUUGUGACGCUGGGUACGAGCUCGUGGGCAGUGGUACUAGGGAGUGUGUGGGAUCCGGGACUUGGACAGGCACCCAACCAGUCUGCAACAGAAAGCGAUGUGCUGCCCUUCAAGCGCCAACUCAUGGCUCUACAAGUGGUACUUUCUUCCUCGGUGACACCAUAACCUUCUCCUGCAUUGCAAAGUAUGAGCUGGUUGGGAGCAGCAGCAGAACCUGCCAGUCUACUCAACAAUGGACCGGAUCACAACCCACAUGUGUAGAAAAGAAGUGCCCUACUCUGUCCAUCCCUGCAAAUGGACAGAUGGUGGGUGGAACUGUUGUCGGGGAUCUACUUCGGUUCACCUGCAACUUGGGAUACAAACUGGUGGGAAACAGCAACCUUCUUUGUCAGGACGACAAAACUUGGAAUGGGUCACGUCCAAACUGCGAAAAACUCGUCUGCCCACCCCCUGAAGUGCCUUCUAACUGUGACGUGAACGGUGGAAGGACCUAUGGAGACACGGUAACCUAUACCUGUGAUGUCGGCUACAGACUCAACGGUGCCGGUACCAGUGUAUGUCUUGCAACUGGUGUUUGGGAUAACACUGCGCCUCGGUGCGAAAAAAAACGCUGCCAAAUACUCUUCCCUCCGCUGCACGGUUCUGUGUCGGGUGGAAAUUCCUACAUGGAUGUUGUGUCCUAUACCUGUGACACCGGCUACGACCUGAUCGGAAGUUCGAGUAGAACCUGCCAGGAGAACCAACAGUGGUCAGGCUCACCACCAACAUGCGAAUUGGUGAAGUGCUCGACCUUAAAUCCACCUGUCGAUGGGUCCAUGAACGGAGGCAACAACUACAACGACACGGUGUACUUCACCUGUGGGCCGGGGCAUGACUUAACGGGCAGCUCCAACCGAACUUGUCAGGCAGACGGGUUAUGGAGCGGCACACAGCCUAGCUGUUCAGCACUAGCAUGUCCUGAGCUUGAUGCACCUUUAAAUGGAGAGACGACCGGUGGCACGUCUGUUGGCGCCUUUCUUAUAUUCUUCUGCAAGGAAGGAUUCGACCUGACAGGUGGGGACUUCAUGAGAACCUGUCAGAAUGAUCAGACAUGGAGCGGGACUCAGCCAACUUGUGAACGGAAGGCAUGUCCGGAUUUACCCACGCCUCUACAUGGCAACAGAACAGGAGGCAAUCUGUAUGGCAACAUGGUCACAUAUACAUGUGCUGUCGGGUAUGAUCUAGUCGGUGACGGUACAAGAACCUGUCAGGGCAACGGCCAGUGGAGUGGAACUCAACCUUCGUGCUCUCGAGUGCAGUGUCCAACCCUAAGUCCAAUUCCUAAUGGACAGAUUAGCGGAGGGAACCUGUUCGGCCAACAAGUCAGUUUUGUUUGCAACUCUGGGUACGAGUUAAGCGGAAGUCAGUCCAGGAUGUGCCAGUCAGAUGGCAUUUGGUCUGGAACGCAACCGUCAUGUGUCCGAAAAGAAUGUCCACAGUUGGACCCUCCUCCGAAUGGCGGUAUCAACGGUACAAACUACUACGGUGAUACGGUCAUGUUUGACUGUGAUGUAGGCUACAACCUUCAUGGUGAUCAGUACAGAACCUGUGGAAGCAACCAAGGGUGGUCUGGUGCCCAGCCACAUUGUGAAAGAAAACAUUGUGCACCACUGGGACCCCCUACCAAUGGUAACCUCACCGGGGGCAAUUUCUAUGGAGACCAAGUCACAUUUUCCUGUGAUAUUGGAUUUCAACUCGCCAACAGCGAUGUCAGAGUGUGUGGGGACAAUGGCAUCUGGAGCGGAGUACAACCGACAUGUGAUGUCGUAGAAUGUAGCAUGCUUCAGACUCCGCCAAACAGUGACAUGACAGUGUUUGGAAGCACAUUUGGCAACACUGCUACCACCAGCUGCGACUCUGGGUACGACAUGGUCAGUGGGGACGCCGUCAGGACUUGUCAAGCUAGUGGAGAGUGGUCCGAGACGUGCUGUGUACAGCCAUAUUUACAACAUGGUAGUUACAACGGUACAACCUGCUACAACGACACAGUCUCUCUCGAGUGUUACAACGGAUACGAUCUGACGUCAUCGGAUACUGAUCUGACCUGUACUGAAUCAGGAACCUGGGACAAGCCUAUUCCCGAAUGUGACAAAUCCUGCUGUAACGCUUCCAUAGCAGUGGAAAAUGGAUACGUCACCGCUCCAUCAGGCUACUGCUUCGGCAGCACAAUACAGAUUCUCUGUAACGAGGGAUACAAGCUCAGCGGAUAUGCAAACAUGCUGUACUGCAACGCAGGUGGAGUCUGGGAGGGAGAAGCAAUAUCAUGUGAAAGAAUCAGCUGUGGUGACCCCGGAGAAAUAAGGAACGGCGAAAGGAUCCUGACCGGAAUAUUCCACAGGGAUACCGUCACUUACACCUGCGAUCCUGGCUUCACCCUGGUCGGUAACAACACUUACACGUGCACUGAGGAAGGAUGGGGAGUACCACCAUAUUGCGAAGCAAGCAACUUAUGCAACAGGACUCAUCUCUCUGCACCUAAAGAUGGCUCCAAAGUCUGCUUCGACAGUCCGCAGGGCACAAUUACAGUGGAAUACUGCCAGAUGCACUGUAACUCCCCACUCAUCUACAGCGCCGCUUCGGCAUCGAUGUAUGAAUGUAGCGUGGACACGGCGUGGCGUUGGCAGGUCCGGCAGGUGUACUCGGGCGUAACGACAUUUUCCCUCGUCUCAGUGGGAGUAUGUUCCCCACCAUUGAACCCGUUCAUUCCCAUAACCGUGGGCGGACUGAUCAUCACAGCAGGAGCGCCCCUCGACAUGCCCGCUAUAGAAGAUGAGAUGAAGUAUCAGUUGGGACAGCUUGCCUUGUGCAUUAAUCCAUGUGAGAUUGGUAGCAUUACAGUUCAGAUAUCCAACGGACGAGGGAGAUCAGGGGGAAUCCAGUACCAGAUAAGCGUCCAACUCCGAGCUUACGCCGAUCCGGCCCUGAUUACCCCGACUAACACAAUACAGAUGGAAUGGGUUCGGAUUGCAGGAGUACUGAGGCAAAAAGCCUUGGAGUUGCAGGAAUUGGUUCAGGUAGGAGGCCUGACUCUUUCGAUCGGAGGCCAGAACCUGUCCGUAGCUGACAACGGAAUAACCAUCUCCAACCCCAGUCUGGGAUGCAAGGAGGGGCAAAUCAUGCAGGGGAUUGAUUGCUACAUAGACGAGUGUGCCGAUCCUGACAUCUGCCCCAAUGCCAGGUGUAUCAACCGCCCAGGCGGCUACUCCUGUCAGUGUCUGCCAGGUUACGACGGGCCACUUUGUGCAGAUAUAGACGAGUGCCGUUACGUCGGUUACUGCCCAGAUCAUUCCACCUGCACCAACACUGAAGGCGACUAUUACUGUACCUGUGAGCAAGGUUACCAAGGAGACAACUGCGACGACAUAAAUGAAUGCCUCGACGCCAGCCUGAACACAUGUGGCCCAAAUCAGAUCUGCGUCAAUACAGGAGGCUCGUUUCAGUGUGAUGACUGCACAAUGUUCGACGGGAAGUGCUUCACUGUAUCGGACACCUCGGUAACGUUCGCCGAAGCGGAGAUGAUGUGUGCUGGAGGAGGAGGGACUGUGGUCACCGUUAAAGACCAGCAUGUUCAGGACUUCCUUGUCCAACUGCUGUCCGUGCCCAACAAGGACGUGUGGAUCGGCCUGACUGACCGCGACUUGGAAGGACAGUUUGUGUGGGCUGAUGGGACUCAACUGGCCUACAACGCCUGGGCUCCAGGAGAACCAAACGGUGACGCCACAAAGAACUGUGUUCACCUGUGGACUCUGGCGAACUUCCGCUGGGACGACAUGUCGUGUGGAAGCAGCAACUACUACAUCUGUCAGUACGACAUGCCCUAGGCUUGACAACAUCCUGUGCAUACGACUGGUGUGAUAACUUCCAUGUUGAAUUCUUCAUAUCUAGACUUUGCUAGUGUUUAAUUAAAUAUCAAUAAAUUUAAUGACGUGACUGGAAACUUCGUCAUGGUCACGUAGGAUGUAAGUGUAAACGCUCGGACAGCUGGACGUUUUGAUGAUAAUUUUAUCUCCUUUAAUGUGAAUUCGUGUUGUAGCAAAAAAAAUCUAUACACAUAUUUGUGUAAGAAAAAAUUAUAACUGGUAUGCAAAAGCAAUGUCAAAGUUAUUGAAUAAUUGCUCUGAAUUGCAUCGAUCUAAACGUUUUAUAAGAUUUAUAAGAUGUUAGAUUUGAAAAGUACAGUCAAACUUGUCUAAAAGUGGUCUUCUUAGGCAAGUACAAAAAGCAUGUUGACAAAACCGUUAUGGCCAGAUGAUUGGCUGAAAGUGGAGACAGCUUGUGUAUGUUUGACUGUAUAUACAUGAUGAAGAUGUAAAAGUUAGUUAAAUUUCUUAAUUGCGGUUUUAAUAUUUGAAUUUUGCUUUCCUGUUUGUGGCGCUGACAUAUAUUCUUCCUGUUUGCACUUGAAAAUAAAGAGUGAUAGUCCUCUUGAUAAAUGUCUCGUUUUGAGUUGUAGAUUGGUGUUGAAAGUUAGAUAAAAUAAUAGGGAAGAUAUUAGAAAACUUUUCGAUAAAUUACAAGAAAAAAAACAUACAGAAAUUGUAACAUAUUGCCAAUACAUAUUAAAGCCAUUUGCAUUGACUUCAUGAACGGAUAUUGCAAAUUCUAUCAAUGAAAUCUGGAAUGACAAUAAGGUAACUGAAGAACGCCUGGUGGAUGAAUUGGUUCCAUACUAUAUAACUUGGUGCGUUGGUAGACAAAAAAAAUUAUCAGAGCUUUGUCUUGUCUCCUCUCUUCAUUCUUCAUAUUUAUCCGCCAUCCACGUUCCGGUAUGGCAACAGACAUGUUUGCCAAUUUUUGGCAUGUCAGAGGGCAACAAAGUAUUUGGUUGGUUGGUUUGUUGUUUGUUUUUUAAAAUCAAGCUAAAUUCAAUACUCACGCUGAUGUCAUCCAUAAAAAUUAUUUGCUGUG